CGCGUUGCGGGUUGCAGUUCAUACGAGCCACGAACGAGAACGGGUCGGGCAAAACUUCGUUCUUACGCCAUACAGAAAAAAGUUCUUUUUUUGUGAACAAGAAGCAGUAGAGACAGAAGGAUAGAAACAGAUAGAAUCCUUCAAGUAAACUGUUUCAAAUCGUUUGGCUGUAGGAAAAGAAGAGCUAACAGUUUUUUGGGAAGAUACAAAAACUUGAAUUGGAGUUUUCCGCAGUGAAAAAGUGUGUGUGUGCGCGAGGAGAAAACCGUGUGACAGAAGAACAGAACUACUUACAAAUUUGUCGAGAAAAUUGACUCGCAAUUUCUUUUCAAAACCCAGUGUUCUAGCCGUGCUUGUAGAUAUUUAAUGCUUAUCUAAGAUUCAUCGACACAGUAGAUAUUUUGUAAAGUGCGUAGAAAUUUGAGAAAGAAAAUAGAGGAGAAGUGAGCAGAAAAAGCAAAAAUUUGUUGAAAAAUCGAUUUCGGGAACACUAGGUAGUGUUCGCAAGAAAAAGUGUAUUGCUUUCGGGUAUAGUAAAGCCAAAAUGCGGAAAAGAUAGCAGGUGAAAAAAGUCCUGUGUGUUUUUACGUAGUUUUCGAAAUCGAACCAGUGAUAGAGUGAUUUUUUGUUUGUGUGUGGAUACUGUGACCCACGCCUAAAAACCUUCAUCGAUCAAUAGCGUUAGACCUCGAGUCCAGUUUUUCCUUACCAUCAUCAUCGGAGUACAGAGCAGAGCCCAAUUUGACGAUUUUCCCACAGCGGAAAGAUAGAUGCGUCAUUUUCAACAUGGCGCCCUGUAUAUUACUGUGAUCUGUGGAACGAGAUUCAUGAGCCUCAUACCAUCGUUGAUGUUGCCCACACGAUGAGGGGCUGCCGUCGGGGGGCCGAAUCUCGUUGAAAGUGUAUUUUUUCUCCUUUGUUUUCUCAUAAUCUUGUGAUUUCAUCGCAUUCUUUUGAAUUUUGAAUCGAUUUUUUAAUUUGUUUGGAAAAUAAGGCAGCAUGCUCUUAUACGAGGCGAUAAACUGACAACAUCUGUGUGUACUGUGUUGAGAAGUAAAAAGUUGAAAACUGUAGUGAAUAUAAAAAGUCUAGGUUUACGUAAAAUAGAGAGAUAGCGCGAGAAUCAACAAGCAUCCCAGCAGCAUCCGUUCGAUGUCCGGUAGCUCGCGCUAGAGUCAGCGGGACAAAACGCGGGCGGUCAUGAGAAAUUUUCAAUCAGAACGGAUUGUGUUGAGCUUCAGCUGCGACAGUGUUGCCGCCGCGACCGAAUUCGCUGCGUCUGUGAACUUUGUUUGUGUCACAGGACGGCCCACCGUCCAAACUAGUUCCUGGGGCCCGAGUAAACAUCUGGCCGCACUAGGUGCGUGCCCGCAUCGUGCCCCCUUAACGCGUCAUUGUUAGCAGGCCUUGGAAAUCUGAGGCUCUCAUUGUUGGCCAAAUAGACAAUGACCGAAGACUCCGAUUCGAUAUCUGAGGAAGAACGUAGCUUGUUCCGUCCUUUCACCCGUGAAUCAUUACAAGCCAUUGAAGCACGCAUCGCAGAUGAAGAAGCAAAACAGCGCGAAUUGGAAAAGAAGCGAGCCGAGGGGGAGAAUGGUUUUGGUCGGAAGAAAAAGAAAAAAGAAAUACGCUACGACGACGAAGACGAAGAUGAAGGCCCCCAGCCGGAUUCCACACUCGAGCAGGGAGUGCCACUUCCUGUUCGACUGCAGGGCGGCUUCCCUCCGGAAUUGGCCUCCACGCCUCUCGAGGAUAUUGACACCUUUUACUCGAACCAGAGGACAUUCGUAGUAGUUAGCAAAGGAAAAGACAUUUAUCGUUUCUCCGCAACCAAUGCAUUAUAUGUACUCGAUCCGUUCAAUCCUUUACGCCGUGUUGCUAUUUAUAUUUUAGUGCAUCCACUGUUUUCACUUUUUAUAAUAACCACCAUCCUUGUUAAUUGUAUAUUGAUGAUCAUGCCUGCAUCGCCAACAGUCGAAUCUACCGAGGUGAUAUUCACCGGCAUCUACACGUUCGAAUCAGCUGUAAAAGUGAUGGCGCGAGGUUUCAUAUUACAACCGUUUACUUAUCUUAGAGAUGCAUGGAAUUGGUUGGACUUCGUAGUAAUAGCAUUAGCAUAUGUAACUAUGGGUAUAGAUUUGGGUAAUCUCGCGGCAUUGAGAACAUUCAGGGUACUACGAGCUCUCAAAACAGUGGCCAUCGUUCCAGGUCUCAAGACCAUCGUCGGCGCUGUCAUAGAGUCCGUUAAGAAUCUCAGAGAUGUGAUAAUUUUAACAAUGUUUUCGUUAUCGGUGUUUGCUUUAAUGGGACUUCAGAUCUACAUGGGCGUACUGACGCAGAAGUGCAUCAAGGAGUUUCCGAUGGACGGCUCGUGGGGCAACCUGAGCCACGAGAACUGGGAGCGGCACAAUUCGAACGAGUCCAACUGGUACUGGUCGGACGCCGGCGACACGCCUCUUUGUGGGAAUUCGUCAGGUGCUGGGCAAUGUGAGGACGGAUAUAUAUGUUUACAAGGUUUUGGAGAUAAUCCAAAUUACGGGUAUACAAGUUUUGAUACUUUCGGAUGGGCAUUCUUAUCUGCCUUUCGUCUAAUGACCCAAGACUAUUGGGAGAAUUUAUAUCAACUGGUGUUACGAUCAGCUGGACCGUGGCACAUGCUCUUCUUCAUUGUGAUUAUCUUCUUGGGUUCGUUCUACCUUGUAAAUUUGAUCUUGGCCAUUGUCGCCAUGUCGUACGACGAACUCCAGAAGAAGGCCGAAGAGGAAGAGGCCGCCGAGGAAGAAGCGCUUCGGGAAGCGGAGGAAGCGGCUGCAGCGAAAGCGGCCAAACUCGAAGCCCACGCAGCGGCGGCGGCGGCCGCGGCGAACCCGGAGAUUGCCAAGAGCCCGUCUGACUUUUCCUGCCACAGCUACGAGCUGUUCGUCGGCCAGGAGAAGAGCAACGACGACAACAACAAGGAGAAGAUGUCGAUCCGGAGCGAAGGAUUGGAGUCGGUGAGCGAAAUCACAAGAACAACCGCACCAACAGCUACUGCAGCUGGCACUGCAAAAGCCCGUAAAGUGAGCGCGGCUUCACUUUCAUUACCUGGUUCACCAUUUAAUCUUCGUAGAGGAUCUAGAGGAUCACAUCAGUUUACGAUACGUAACGGUAGAGGACGUUUCGUGGGCGUACCUGGUAGCGAUAGAAAACCACUGGUACUCUCAACAUAUCUCGAUGCACAGGAACACUUGCCAUACGCCGAUGACUCGAACGCGGUUACACCGAUGUCGGAGGAAAAUGGUGCAAUCAUCGUUCCAGUAUACUAUGCUAAUUUAGGUUCGCGACAUUCAUCCUACACAUCGCAUCAAUCUCGCAUCUCGUACACAUCGCACGGCGACCUGCUCGGGGGUAUGACGAAGGAGAGCCGACUGCGGAACCGGUCGGCCCGGAACACCAAUCACUCGAUCGUGCCGCCGCCCAACAUGGCACCGAACAUGUCCUACGCGGAUACGAACCACAAGGGGCAGAGAGACUUUGAUAUGUCACAAGACUGUACAGACGAGGCUGGCAAAAUAAAACACAACGACAAUCCUUUCAUCGAGCCCUCUCAAACACAAACCGUAGUAGAUAUGAAAGACGUAAUGGUGUUGAAUGAUAUCAUCGAGCAAGCUGCUGGUCGGCAUAGUAGAGCUAGUGAUCAUGGAGUCUCUGUUUACUACUUCCCCACAGAGGACGACGACGAGGACGGUCCGACGUUCAAAGAGAAGGCACUUGAGUUCACAAUGAGGAUGAUCGACAUCUUCUGCGUGUGGGACUGCUGCUGGGUGUGGCUAAAGUUUCAGGAAGGCGUGGCAUUCAUCGUGUUCGAUCCGUUCGUCGAGUUGUUUAUCACGCUCUGUAUUGUGGUCAAUACGUUGUUCAUGGCGCUCGACCACCACGACAUGGACCCGAAAAUGGAAGCCUCACUGAAGAGUGGUAAUUAUUUUUUCACGGCGACUUUCGCGAUCGAAGCGACGAUGAAGCUAAUAGCGAUGAGUCCCAAGUACUACUUUCAAGAAGGCUGGAACAUUUUCGAUUUCAUCAUCGUGGCGCUUUCCCUCCUCGAGCUGGGACUGGAAGGUGUUCAGGGAUUGUCAGUAUUACGUUCAUUUCGUUUGCUUCGAGUGUUCAAACUAGCGAAAUCGUGGCCAACGUUGAACUUACUCAUUUCCAUCAUGGGUCGAACGAUGGGUGCGUUAGGUAAUCUGACGUUUGUGCUCUGCAUUAUCAUCUUCAUCUUUGCCGUGAUGGGAAUGCAGCUGUUCGGCAAAAACUAUGUCGACAAUAUGGACCGUUUUCCGGACAAGGAUCUGCCACGGUGGAACUUCACCGAUUUCAUGCAUUCGUUCAUGAUCGUCUUUCGGGUACUGUGCGGAGAGUGGAUCGAGUCCAUGUGGGAUUGCAUGCUGGUGGGCGAUGUGUCCUGCAUUCCGUUCUUCUUGGCCACCGUAGUGAUAGGAAAUCUAGUAGUUCUCAAUCUUUUCUUAGCCUUGCUUUUGUCCAAUUUCGGUUCAUCGAGUCUGUCGGCACCAACGGCCGACAACGAAACGAACAAGAUCGCCGAGGCGUUCAACCGGAUAUCACGGUUCUCCAACUGGAUCAAGCUGAACAUCGCCAACGCACUUAAGUUCGUGAAAAACAAGUUAACAAGCCAGAUUGCUUCCGUGCAGCCUGCAGGUGAGCAGCACAAUCAUCUCAGUUGGAUAUGGAACGAAGGCAAAGGGGUAUGUCCAUGUAUAUCUGCAGAGCAUGGUGAAAAUGAGCUGGAAUUAACUCCAGAUGACAUACUGGCCGACGGGCUGCUGAAAAAAGGCAUCAAGGAGCACAAUCAGCUGGAGGUGGCCAUCGGCGACGGGAUGGAGUUUACGAUACACGGAGACCUCAAAAACAAGGGCAAGAAAAACAAGCAGCUGAUGAACAAUUCCAAGGUGAUAGGCAAUUCUAUUAGUAAUCAUCAAGAUAAUAAAUUAGAGCACGAACUGAAUCAUAGAGGCAUGUCCUUGCAGGACGAUGAUACUGCCAGUAUAAAGUCCUAUGGCAGUCACAAAAAUCGCCCCUUCAAGGACGAAAGCCACAAAGGCAGCGCCGAAACCAUGGAGGGCGAAGAGAAACGUGACGCCAGCAAGGAAGAUCUAGGAAUUGACGAAGAACUAGACGACGAGUGUGAAGGUGAGGAAGGUCCUCUGGACGGUGAACUGAUCAUCCACGCCGACGAGGACGAGGUGAUCGAGGACGCCCCGGCAGAUUGUUGUCCGGACAAUUUCUACAAAAAGUUUCCCGCUCUGGCCGGCGACGACGAUGCGCCGUUCUGGCAGGGCUGGGGCAAUCUGCGGCUCAAGACGUUUCAACUCAUCGAGAACAAGUACUUUGAAACGGCCGUCAUCACGAUGAUUCUGCUCAGCAGUUUGGCUCUGGCCCUGGAGGAUGUGCACCUGCCGCAACGACCGAUCCUGCAAGACGUACUGUACUAUAUGGACAGGAUAUUUACGGUGAUAUUUUUUUUAGAGAUGUUAAUCAAGUGGUUAGCCCUAGGUUUUCGGGUGUACUUUACGAACGCUUGGUGUUGGCUUGAUUUUAUUAUUGUCAUGGUGUCCUUAAUCAACUUCGUUGCUUCACUCUGUGGAGCAGGUGGUAUUCAAGCAUUCAAGACAAUGCGAACUCUCAGAGCACUGAGACCUCUACGUGCCAUGUCCCGAAUGCAGGGAAUGAGGGUCGUCGUCAAUGCAUUGGUACAGGCUAUACCGUCCAUCUUCAACGUGUUAUUGGUUUGUUUGAUAUUCUGGUUGAUUUUCGCCAUUAUGGGUGUGCAGCUGUUUGCUGGCAAGUACUAUAAGUGCGUCGACACUAACAAAACAACGCUUUCGCACGAGAUCAUCCCGGAUAAACCCGCUUGCAUAGCGGAAAACUACACGUGGGAGAAUUCACCGAUGAACUUCGACCACGUGGGGAAGGCGUAUCUGUGUCUGUUUCAGGUGGCUACUUUCAAGGGCUGGAUUCAGAUCAUGAACGAUGCGAUUGACUCGCGGGAGGUCGGAAAGCAACCAAUUCGCGAGACCAAUAUCUACAUGUACCUAUACUUCGUGUUCUUCAUCAUUUUCGGAUCAUUCUUCACCCUCAACCUGUUCAUCGGUGUCAUCAUUGACAACUUUAACGAGCAGAAAAAGAAGGCUGGUGGCUCCCUGGAGAUGUUCAUGACAGAGGACCAGAAAAAGUACUACAAUGCGAUGAAGAAAAUGGGUUCCAAGAAGCCACUGAAAGCCAUUCCACGGCCUAGGUGGAGACCACAAGCAAUAGUAUUCGAGAUAGUUACCAACAAAAAGUUCGACAUGAUUAUCAUGUUGUUCAUCGGCUUCAACAUGCUGACGAUGACGCUCGAUCAUUACAAGCAAACGGAUACGUUCAGCGCGGUGCUGGACUACCUCAACAUGAUCUUCAUCUGCAUCUUCAGCAGCGAGUGUCUGAUGAAGAUAUUUGCCCUGCGCUACCAUUACUUCAUCGAACCGUGGAACCUGUUCGAUUUCGUCGUCGUCAUCCUGUCCAUCUUAGGUCUCGUGCUAAGCGAUCUCAUCGAGAAGUACUUCGUGUCACCGACGUUGCUCCGUGUCGUUCGUGUGGCCAAGGUCGGUCGGGUGCUCCGUCUCGUCAAAGGUGCCAAGGGUAUCCGAACGUUACUGUUCGCUCUGGCUAUGUCUCUGCCGGCGCUGUUUAACAUCUGUCUGCUGCUGUUUUUGGUGAUGUUCAUCUUCGCCAUCUUCGGGAUGUCGUUUUUCAUGCACGUUAAGGACAAGAGCGGCUUGGAUGAUGUGUACAACUUUAAAACGUUCGGACAGAGCAUGAUUCUUCUGUUUCAGAUGUCCACAUCGGCCGGAUGGGAUGGUGUGUUGGACGGAAUCAUUAACGAAGAUGAGUGCUUACCACCGGACAACGACAAGGGCUAUCCGGGAAAUUGCGGGUCAUCGACGAUCGGAAUAACGUAUCUGCUAGCGUAUCUCGUUAUUAGUUUUUUGAUCGUCAUCAACAUGUACAUCGCUGUCAUUCUCGAAAAUUACUCGCAAGCUACGGAGGACGUACAAGAAGGAUUGACGGAUGACGACUACGACAUGUACUACGAAAUCUGGCAGCAGUUCGAUCCGGACGGUACACAGUACGUGCGGUAUGACCAAUUGUCGGAUUUCCUGGACGUGCUCGAGCCACCGUUACAGAUUCACAAACCGAACCGAUACAAGAUCAUCUCGAUGGAUAUCCCGAUUUGUCGAGGCGAUAUGAUGUUCUGCGUGGACAUUCUGGAUGCACUGACAAAAGAUUUCUUCGCCCGGAAAGGCAACCCUAUCGAGGAAACGGCCGAACUGGGUGAAGUACAGACGCGUCCGGAUGAAGUGGGCUAUGAACCCGUAUCAUCCACACUUUGGCGACAGCGGGAGGAGUACUGUGCCAGAGUGAUUCAACACGCAUGGCGGAAGCACAAGGAACGCCAAAGUGGUGGUGCCACCGGGGACGAUACCGAUGCCGACGUUUGUGAUAAUGACGGAGGCGACGGUGGUGGCGGUGAUGGAGGUAGCGUUGGCGGAGGUAUUGGUAGCGGGAAACUUGGUAGUGGUAGUAUAGGUGGUGGUGUUAGCAGUCCUGGCGGUGGUGGAGGAACAACGCCCGGCUCUAGCGGUGGAGGCGGUAGUGGUUCUCAGGCUAACAUAGGAAUAGUAGAGCACAAUCUAUCACCGAAAGAAUCGCCCGAUGGCAAUAAUGAUCCUCAAGGUCGUCAAACGGCCGUCCUAGUAGAAAGUGAUGGAUUUGUAACUAAAAACGGCCAUCGAGUCGUGAUACACUCACGAUCGCCAAGUAUAACUUCACGAUUGGCGGAUGUCUGAGCCAGGCCUCGCCCCCCUCUCUCUGAUUCAGAUUCAGAAGCACGACAGAAAUAAUAUUUAAGAGAACUAGAGUACUAAAAAACAAAACCAACAAAAAAGAAUAUUCAAUAAAGAAAGGGAAAGCCGACUGCCAUAUAAUAAAUUUAAUUAUUUAAAGAAAAAACUUUAAUCGCAUAGAAGAACAAACAAACAGUGAACGAAAUGACUCACAUGUAAAGCGAUCAAAUCCUGAAGCGCAUUAGAAGACUACCAUUGCAAAUUCAUGGGAACUGAAAUCGAACAAAUGGCUGAAGGUUAGCAAAGUGAUCACUGCGGUAUCUAGCGACGCGAACAAGCUCAACUGGGAUUACAAAAACCAAUCCAGCAGAAUAGAAGAGAAGAGAAGAAAAACAAAAACAAUAUAACCGAAAAUCGGAAGGAGAAAAGCACAAUCUAACAGUCCUUUUAGUUGCCGGAAUCGUUUGCCUUUAGGUUACCCGUCUUCUUGUAGAUGCUUUUGUUUUCCUGGUCAAAUAUACCGAUCUUACACACUAGAGGACAAGCACGUAUAUCAGACAACGGUGCUUGGGAUCUUACUAGCAAAGGUAAAAACCAAACACGCCGCCAACAAACGCGCUGAAGACUAUAUCAAACGAAAACGAAACAAAUAAGUGGUAGUGAAAGUGAACGAACAAUAAACAGAAGUAGAAGCAGUGUGGGAUAACGUGAAAAACAGUGAAAUUUAAAGCAGAAUCUGUGUAAAAAUAAACUGUAGAAAUCAAUCCAAACAAUGAGAACAUAAACCAGUGUGAUAUGUAACAUAGUGAAUCAUAUUGAAUGCAAACAAAUCAAUAUCCAUAUACUUUUCUAAAAAAUAAUCGAACAGACUACGGCGAACAAGAUGACAGUGAGCUAUGUGUGGUUGUAAUGUUAACAAAGAGAAACCAUUUCAGUUCCAGCACACAUCUGGCGAACAAGAUCAAUCACAAUUACAACCACAACUGAUGAAAACACCCAACAACCGACUACUCAACAAUGAGCGAAAGAUCUACGUCUUUUUCACCAUUAUUUUUUCGGACCAUACAAGUUGCCUAGAAGUUUCUCGCGGUACUUUGUUUUGUCAUUUCAUUACGUAUUAAGUAUUGAGCAUCCACACUACGAGGGAAACUAUGAGGGCCAACGAGAAAAGCAAGACGAAAACAACUACAAAAUGCAAGAGCUACACACAAAGAAAACAUAAUAUCAAAGAAGAAACAAAGAAAACAAGUAAGAACAAUCAAAUCUAUGUUAAUCCAACAACAGAAAAACAAAUUGGAUUGAGCGGUUGAGUAGAUGAGCGAAUACCAGCGAAAAAGAAAAGUGUCAGCAGCAAACCAAACAGAGAGUAUUCGACAUCAAGAUCAACAGCGUCAGCUACGACACGAGCACAUGUGAAUGAAGUGAGAUUAAAUAAAGAAGUAAAUAUAUUAUAUUGGCUAAAGCAAGAGCAUGUAAGUCAUAUGCAUUUUUAUUUAUUGUUUUUCUACAAAGCAAACAAAAGUGUAAAAAUACAAAAAAAUCAAACCUUUAAAACGGCAUUGCUGCAAUAACGUUAAGGCUUUUUAUAUUAUUAAUAAGAAGAAAAAAAAACAAAAAAUCGCACAGGUUUUGUUCAACUAUUGUAAAAAAUAAUAUAAACAAAAAGAUUUAUAAAACCAAGAAAAAGCGACAAAACAACCAGCUAAAACAAGAAAACAAAUCUUUAAUAUGUUUCUGCGUGCAAUAAAAGACAGUACUGUAAUUAUUAUAUAAUACAUACUAAUUUGUAAAUCAAACGCGAGGGGUUGGGGCGAGCCUUUAUAUUCAAUAAACAACACUAGUCAAGCUUUUCAAAUAUUAUCAUUAAUGAAUAAUAUAAUGAAUUUAAAAAAAAAUAACUACUCGUAAGUAUGUUAAGUAAACAAUUUUUUGAACAUUAACCCACGAAAUGAUGUUCUGCAAAUCAAAAAAAAAAGAAGAAAGCAUGCAUAAAGGCCAGAGAUAGCAAAAACCAAACGCGAUCUAUUUUUUUAACAAAUACACUUCCUCCUACACACACAUUGUCACACCGAACCUCAUCACAGGCGAUGCUAACUUCAAAACUCUCUCACUUACACAAACACGAAAUGAAAGGUAACCAUUCUUCUUUAAUAUUGUUAUUUGUCUUUCCUUCAAAUUGAAUAAGCGAAUAUAAACGGAACAUUUUCCAAGUUCAUUUCUGUUUUUCGGGCGCGUUUCGAGCAGAGCCAAACGAGCGCAUGCAAAGAGCAAACGAAAAAGAAGAAAACACUGGAAAGGGAGUAAGAGUCAACCAUUUCUUUUCCCGACUUUUCCACCAUUCAUUAGCCUAAACUUGCUAAGGUUGCCGUUCGAAGAGUAAAUGUAACUUUCAACACUUGUCCGCUUUGAUUGCCUUCAGUGUUCCAUCAGCGCGCACUCCUCCAUCGCACACGCUAUCAUAAUUACACAUUAAACCCCAGUGUACAUCCUCACAUCCAUGUGCAAAGCAAACCGAACGGUGACAAUUUGCGCUAUCUGUCAAGAUGUGUGCGUGCGCUCGGCUGUCACUCUGCUUCCUGCUUUAUGCGUGAGACAGAGCCAGAAGCUUCUUUGAUGAAAAGGUAAAGAGAAAAUAACGACAAAAAAAAGGCGAAAACAAAAAGCAACCAAAAAAGAAACACUUUUACAUUUUUAGCUAUAUACAUCCUGUAAAAUAAAGAAAAGCAAAAUAGAGAGUGAACAAGCAAGUAAGCAAGCGAUAAAUUGCAAACAUACAACUAGGAAAAGAGGAGCCAUUGGAGAGAUCAAACAAAAAAGAAACGCACGAAAGGGAGGACGGAACAGUAAUGAAAAUAUUUUUUUUAUGAAAAAAGUUUAUCUACGAAGCCGAGUUAAAGGUGUAACAACAAAAAAAAACUAUUUUUAAUUGGUAUAUUUUUUAUCGAUUAUUAAACUACCAUAUUUAGUGACAGAAGCCAAGAGAGUAAGGGCAGAAAGAACAAAUUGAAAAAAAAAAGAUUAUAAGAGGAAGACAUUCAGAGGCAAACGCAAGCAGUGUAAAUUAUUUGCACCAUUUAGUUACUCGAGAAUACGAGAAGAGCGUAAAAAAUGAUAGUAGCAUUUGUGAAUACAUCUCAGAUGAAAGUAGCAAAUCGCAUUUUAGGUUAUUUGGCCAUCAGGAACACUGUAGACGAGUAAGUUUAAUUCAUUCUUGUACAAUGCUUAAGGAACAAGGAACGGUAGAAAAAGCACGCGAUGCGAAAAAUAAAACAAAACAAGAAAGAACACAAAAAAAAAACAAACCAAACCAAAGAUUUAACUAUAAAGAGCGACUAGUUAGAUUAACAAACAAAAAAAAAAACAACAAAGCCAGAUAGAGAAGGUGAUGUGUUGAAUCAGUGAGAGCGAGCUGAAAGUAGCACAUUUUUAUGCAUCGUCGAUAUGAAAUUGUUUCUUGCCAUACAACCGACAUGGGAGUGUAGACAGUGUACGACCACUAAUAAGCGUAGUCACCCUAGCAUGGAAUAGUUAGCGGAACAGAGAAGUAAAGUUUUUGUUUUCUCGUUCAUGUGCAUUAGGAGAACCUAGCGAAAGUACAGAGAGGAACCUCGCUUGAAGCCAUACCGCGUCCCAUACUUCUAAUCGCGCCAUAUGCCACGCCACCAGUAACGUCUUUACAAACCGCCACGCAACGGACGCCACUCAUUUAUCCGUCUAUUUUGCAAAAAAAAAAACACACACACACAAAAACGCUCACACAUACACUCGAUUGCCAGUAUUCACACAUAUGCAUGUGCUUGUUAAAUAUGAAUAUAAAUGCAUUAAGAAAAGCAAAGAAAAUUAAAAUAUACAUUUAUACUAAAAGAUAUUAAAAUAACUAAUGAUGAAAUGCUUAUAAAGUGAACAGAAAAUUAAAAUUGUUGGGAGCGCCGAUCCCCUAUGUCCACAAAGAAACAACAAUUUCAGUGCCUUUUUUCAAGAGUGUAUGAACGGAAACAGUUUAACAAAAAAUAAGCAAAACCAUAGGAAGCAGUAAAUUUGAUUUGCGAUUGUACAAAUAGAUGCAAAACUUAGGCAGAAACGCAACCAGAGCAAGAUACUAGACCGGGAAACGAAACUAAACACGCGCCAAAAGCAGUUCGAAACGGAGAGAGGAACUUCAACAGUGCAAUAGGCUUCGUGAGGGUCGAUCUUGGCUUAUCGCUCACAUUUCAUUGUUUGCGUAGCAUCAAGGUCAAUUGCGACAUAAAGUCCGAUGAUAAAAUUAGGAAAAUAACUCCUUUCCAGAGAGCUUCACUACUUUGGAAGCAAUGGUGCUCUUGAAAGAGUAAUUAGUAAAGCAUAUAUUGCAUUUGUAGUAUGAUUUUAGCUUAGCUUUGUAGAGUACAAGAAACAAAAAAAAAAAAAUCACCGGAAGUAUUUCUCGCGAGUCCUUGGUUGUUUGCUUCCUGCCAAACAGAAUAUAGAAGAGAUGCUAAGAGAAGUUAAUAAAAUUAGAACACAUAUGCUUAGGGCAGCACAGAAGAAUAAAGAAUGUUGGUAUCAUAUGAAGAUAAAAAAAAACUAAACCAAAGCAGGCUUCAAGCGAGGUUCAAACACAUAGGGUAAAUAUGUAUAAACCCCCCCCCCCCCCCGGGGCGUAACGCCCCCGUCCAUUUAUUCAGAAACACACAAAAAAUAAGACAUGAGACUAUUGGGAAUCCGUAGCGGGUCAUAUGACCAACCUUCUGUGCAAGUUUGAUAAUUGUCACUAGCAGCAAAAAAUAAACAAAAAUCAAUUUUGAUUUGAGCUGCUUCAGAUCUAAUUUCUUGCAGCGUUUCCGUAACGUUUUUUCACUAGCGUAUAAAGUUUAUUACCUGGUAUUUGCACUUAUAUAUCUCAAAUGAACCUCUAAUAAGCUGUAUCUAGUGAAGAAACGAUAAAAAUUAGAUAAUUUGCCUAAGUAUUCAAUGCUUUCUGCUACAUUACAGCUCCGGGCGAUAUGCCCCACCGCUAGCCCGGCUGAUUUGUUCAUUGCUUUAGCGUUUGCUUCUGAGACUUCAAGCGCUGUGUCACUUCGCGUGCUGAGCUGCCAUAUGAAGCUACUGCAUGGGGCAUAUUAUACUGCAUCUGGGGCGUUUUGCCCCGGUAGAUUGGAGAGCUUGCAAUUUUGUCAUAUUUUUUAAUAAAAUUAUGGCAUUUUUGUUUAACAGUAAUUACAAAACAAAAUGAUAGCAGUGGAUUACCAACUAAAUAGUGUAUGCAACUGCAGGAAAGAUUUGUUGUUUGUGAUAAACAUAGCUACAAUAUUGACGAUGUUCCUUAGGGGGGGCGUAUUAUACCUGUUUACCCUACAUAAUCAGUGCGAAAAAAGCAAACUUGGCAUAGGAAACUCAAAAGUGAGUCGAACCUAGCGGUUAUCAGGUGGUGGUGCGUUGAGUUGUCCUCGAAGGCCCAAUCCGAUGGAAUUUCGUAUAAUAACCGUUUAAGCAAGUUGGAUUGUUAAUCUGUACCCUCUUAGAUAAUACAGAUAGUUUUGAUUGUUUCCGCUCAGACUAGUGGACUCGCAUGUGAACCGUACACUUCAUUUCGACGAAGUACUCUGAGGGACCCGAAACCUUCAUUGAAAACCAAUAAUCUUUUUGAUCUUGAUCAGUCAAAUCAAGUAAGACACCUCUGAGGGUACCAGCUUAUCACAGAAACAACACGCGUUGAUACUCCCGAAUCAAUAUUUUUUCCUGUUUCCACGAAUAAACUUUGAAAUUGAAAACAAAGCUCUGGUGGGACCACGUUUUGUUCUUGUAAUCUUAAAUUCGGAAACAAGAUUUCUAAAUAACUCAGAACGAAGACACGUAUGUCUCCGUGAAUAUCACUAAGUAACAAUGCGUUUACAUACCAAAAAUCACACUUUUCAAUUCCACUAAACACACCAAAGCCAUAUUCUUCGACUUUUCACUUUUUCACACAGAAAAAUCAACAUUCUGUAAAACUUCACUGUAAAGAUAAACAAUGUGUCAAACUAUUUUCCAUAGCUACUGUAAACAGUCUUAUCAUAGUAAACAUGGCAAGAGCGAAUAUCAUGUAGGAAAACAUCGCAAAAAGUUGCGCCCUACUGUUUUGAAAACAUCGCUCUUGACGUUUACAGAAUCACGUACAAAACGACUAUAGCAGUUAUGUCUUCCGAUCGUAGCAUCAAGUCCAAGCUUUCUGGGUUCAUGCUUGUCUUGAAUAACAUCUUUCCUGAGCAUACAUCUAAAAAUAGAAAUAUUUACGAAAAUCCUUCGUGGCUCCAAGGAACAACCUUCGCACUGCCACAUGACCUAUCUCUACCAAAUCUCACAGCUCGUCCACAACAAAACCAAUAUCUCUAACUAGAGCAGAUUUUGCACACAACCAGAAUACUACUAGAAACACCACCCAGAACCAAUCUUCGAUCUCUAGACUGCUAACCAUCCUUAGUUUUUGAGAAAUGAAAUGACCCAACUACUUUCCGCAACAACAGCAAGAGUUCAAAACAAACAACUAAAAAAGUAUCAGUAGCUAAACCGUCGCACCCCGAACCGACGUCCUGCAGUCAGUGCAAAGAAAGCCUAAAACCGCGACUAUGUACAAACAGUGCAGUGUACAGUUAGCGCCUAAGCUUACGAAUCCAAAUUUAUCUAGGUACAGAGUAAAUUAAUAGUUCAGAGGCAGACCAGUCUAGCAGAUCACAUCACCAGAACACCAUCACAAACACAUAAACACACACAAAAUCACCAGCAGAUUAGGAGAAAAGAAUCUGCCCCAGUCCAUAUCUUAGAUAAAAGAAAAGUUUUUUUUUUCAUCAUUAGUUGAACAAAUUGAGGAGAACACAACUGACCGAAAUCCCAAAACAACUUUCAUACAUAUAGCGACUUCCCCAGCUAUAUUAUGAAGCAAAAGCAACAGUACUGUAGGUCUGUUCAAAACAAAACGAUAUUUAUAGAUGAUUUAUCCCUCACGGAGGUAGUGUAAGAUUAUUAUUCAUAUACUUCAGUACCGACGUAAUAUGAGUUCUAUUUAACAAAAAAAAAAGUAUAGUUCCCGGCAUUCUUGCUGAAGCAUAGACAUACACUCAUCGCCACAAACACAUACACACUAACAUAAAUCAACUGAAACACGCAGACAUGCAUCCAAUCUCUCAGUCGGGAAUGUGUGUUUGCAAGCAACGCGAAACCGAAGAAACUGAAGAAGUAGAGGCGCCAAAUGCUAGAGUGCGCGUGUAAUGUAAGAAAAAAAAAACCGCUAAAUGUGUUAGUUCGCAAGACAUGAAGACAAUGAAACAAUUUGCCUAUCAAACGUUGCAUAAAUAUCAAAUUGUUGUAAAACAUUUUUCUUAAAUCGUUCCAAGUUUUGUUAGCAUAAUUCUCAUUUGUUAAGUUUUCUCUUUGUCAUCAAUAAAGUAAUAUUUGAAAACAAUAUAGCACAAGAUUCAAUAAAAACAAAUCAAACCCAA